AAAUUAUAACAGUUUGUCGAUAUGGUGCCAGAGAAUGAUGUAAACUUUGUUGGGAAAAUCGAGAGAAAUGUCGCUGCACCAUCUGUGUCAUUUGCUAGUUUGAAGAUCGACGCUCAGAUAGCCCGCCAGAUAUUCGGGGAGUAUCAUGAGUUUUUUGUGGGGAUGCCACCGAAUUCAAAAAACAAUAACUCUCUGCUGAAUUUGAGAAAAAGUACUGCAGGGCUCUUAUCUCCUGAUCUGAAGCUUAUCACGACUAAAAGUGUGUUAUUGAAUACGAGAGAACCUCCCUAUAAACCUUCAAAAGCACCGUGUUUGUGGCAAAAGACAGUGUCCAGUAGAAAGAGCACUACAUUUCCCGGAUUCACUGCUCCCGCUACUGUUACACCUCCUAACAAGACUAAGAGUCGGAUCAGCACCCACAACAUUGCCCCCCUGUUCCCGGAGCUGACUGAUGAAAGUGUAACUAUAGAGCGAGUCCUGGAGGUGUGGGAGGAGAAGGGACUUAAAGACUCCACUGACAGAUCUAUCAUAGAGUUCCUCAAGCGAGUAGACAGUAUGUCGCGUGGUGAGAACCAGAUAAUACCACAAAUACUGUGCUACAACGUGGAGGCGAUACUCACUUCUAACGAGGUGGAGAGCGAUACUCUGCGGGAGUCAGCUAUUGCUGCUUUCAAAUCUGUCAUCACCACUUUACAGUCGAACCUAGCUCAAGUUCAGUACGAUAUGGACGCUCUGAGUGUUGCACUGGAACGCAGAACAGAGGAGUUAGAGAAGAACCUGCACGAGUAUGAGAUAGGGCUAGAUCUGGAGCACAAGAAGAGCGAUGAGAAACUCAGGGUACAGAAGGAGGCAUUCCGACAAGCGAGCCUGCAGCUUGAAAAAGAGAGCGAACUUAAGGUAGAGAAACUAAACAACCAGACGGAUGGUAUUAUUAAGAGGACUGAUAAGGAAAUAAAGAAUUUGAAGAAUGAGGAAGCGAACUUGAAGAAGAUGAUGAACGAGCAGAAUGAGGAUAUAAGACUCACAAAGAAGUAUCUACACGAGGCACAGAACGAGUUGAUAAAGUAUGACGAGUUACAGGACGCUUACAAGAUGGUGGUGGAGGAAUACCAGAAACUACACAGGGCAAUGGAGGAGAAACAGAGGCAGCACUGUGAAGAACAGGAGAACAUUGACGAGCUAAAAAGAUACCGGGAGGAGACAUCCGAGGAAAACAAGAGGUUAAGAGAUCAGAUGGACGAGCUCCAUGCUAAGUUUAGUGCGUGUAAGAUGAAGCUUGAGAAGGAAGAGAAGAACGCGAGGAACGCAGCUAAAAGACUUAAAAAGGCUCAACAAAAACUACAGGAUCAAACGGGCGAUUCUCUUGCUGUGGAUAAGAGACACCAAAUGAGACAGAGGAUGUCUGUGGCAGUACCUAUGUUUACUAAAGAGGCUGAUCCUUCCCUCGCUCCGACAAUUGAUACAGAGUUAGAAGACUCGCUGAAUGACGAGAUCCUUGACUCGGAGAGCAACAACGUGUUGGAGCUGCAGGAAGAGGUGUGGCGACUACAGGAGGAACUGGACAAUCAAAAUUUCGAGAUGGAAAGGUACGGGAGAAUACUGAUGAAACAAGAAGAAGCUCUUGAGAAUUACAGGGAAAAAGAGAACAAUGGGGAAAACAGUGAAGAUGCUGCACUGCCCCUAGUUGAAGUGAUGGAUGUUGGUGAGGUUGGCAGUAUGCUACCCGAGCCAGAGGUCACUAUUGUCCAGGAGAGAGUGCUAGAAAGUGCGUUAAAAGGAAAUACAGAUCAACUUGGCCUUGCAAAAGAGACGAUGAAAAGCAAAGAAGAAGAAAUAGAAUCAUUGAUGGCAGAAAAGAUUAAGAAAGAUGAGGAGAUAAAAUAUUUGAUGGAAGAAAAAGAAAAUCUACAAGAGAAGUUAGAAAACAAGAAUGAGAAGGAGAAGGAAGAAAAGAAGAGGAAGGAGGAGGAGGAAGAAAAGAAGAGGGGGAAGGAGGAGGAGGAGGACUCGCUGCAAUCUCAACUAACAUCUUUACAAGAUCAGGUAUCAUUGUUGAAUGGAACACUAGAACUAAACGCGUCGGAGAUAGAAUCCCUGGAAUCCCAGCUUGAAGAGAACGGACGUGUAAUCUCUUCUUAUGAAGAUAACAUCUCUGAGAAACAAAGCUUAUUAGAACAGUGCAGAGUGGAGUGUAAGGAGAACAUAGGUCAGCUAACUGAACAAGUACAGAAGAUUGAACGCGAACGGGCUGUUGAUAUGGAGCAACAUAAAUACAAGGUGAAAGUGUUGGAAAGUUCUAUCCUGAAGUUGGAGGAAGAGAAAACAGCAAGCACGGCUCGCGCUUCAGAGUUGGCAGCACUCCAAGAAAAGAGUCUGGUAUCUGGUGAUCUUAUCAAAAGACUGCAGACGACGGUUACCGACCUGUCAGUAGAGUUAGAGAACACUAAGUGUGCACUGGACGAGGCUGAGACUGAGUGCACUAAACUCAAGAAACAGGGCAUGGAAACAGAGAAUGAGAAAGAAGAAGAAAAUCAGACGCUUAACACUGAGCUUGUUGACAUGAAGGAGUGGUUCUCUUUGAAACUAGACACAGUUGAAAAAGAGAAGACAGAGUUGUCUCUUAUAGUCUCUCAAAUGAAGCAAGAAAAGGAUGAAAGUGAAAUUCAGGUGAAACGUAUCGAGGAGAAAUUAUCUGAGCUGAAGCAAGUUAAAGCUGAAAGUGAAAGUCAGGUGAAACUUCAGGAGAAGAAAUUAUCUGAGCUGGAGCAAGAUAAGGAUGAAAGUGAAAUUCAGGUGAAACUUUUGGAGAGGAAACUAUCUGAACAGACCCAGGAAACAGAAGCAGGGCGGGUAGAGAAGAGUGCGCUAGCGGACGAACUAGCCAGCACACAGAAUAUGUUAGCUGAAACUAGUAACCAGUUAGAAGAAGCAGUAGCUCACAGGCACAAGGAGAAGGGAGAGCUGGAGCACAUUCUGGACAGUAAGGAAGGGGAAAUAGAAACUCUCAAAUCUCACCUAGAUCAGGUGGAGAAUGAUUACGAGGCUUUGGUAGACUCUCUCAACAAGGAAACGGAUAAUAGGGUGUCAGAACUGCAGAACCAAUUAGAGGAGACAGCAGGAGACAUCAGCUCACUAAAAUCCCAGCUAAAGGAUUUAGGACAGCAACUAGUAGUUUUAUCAGGUGAAAGGGAGAGGUUCUACAACGACAACUGUAAACUGAGAGUAGAUAAUGAGCGGUUGGGAGAGGAGAAAGAGUUGCUAAUUACUAAGGUGGAAGAGGUGAAAGCAGUGAGGGACACACUGGAGCUGGAUAUAGAGCAACAGGUAGCAGAAUAUCAGGACAUGAUGAAGUGCUGCGCUAAUCUACAGCAGCAGAACAUGAGUUCUUCGUCCUGUUUUCAGUCCCUGAAAGACUACAUCAAAGACCUAGAAGACGCAUCGUUCGAACUUAACGAGAAGACGACUCAACUGGAACAAGCAGAAAAAGAGAAAGAACACAUCAUCCAGUUAUUCGAAGAUAAGAUACGAGAGAAAGAAGUGGAUCUUGAGAGGUCUAUCCUAGAGAAGAGUGAGAUGGAGGGGAGAGCAAAAGAAACGGAGGUGGAACUUUGCAGAUCCAAGAGUUCCAACACUACUCUAGAUGAUGUGAAGAGGAGUCUGGAACAGCAGCUGACAGCAGUAAUUAAAAGUCUAGACGAUCUGACAGAAAGAUACGAAAUUGAGAACAGUAUCUUGGAGGAGAAAGUUGUGGAAUCCAUCAACGUAGUGAAGGAAGUGCAACAUCAGGCCGAGGAGACUCUGCACGAUCAGCUGACAGAGCAGAAGGAGGAAAUGUACAAAGAGUUCAGGGAGGAGAUGGAGAGUAUCAGAGAGAAACAUGAGUCUGCAAUAUGUGAAGUGAGGGAUCAGACGAGUACAGCCAUGUCGGAGUUCAAGAGGAAAUGUGAGAAGAAGAUGAGAGAAAUGAAGGAGAGAUACACGGAGGAUACAAAUAGCAAGGAAGGUGUUAUAUCUGGGCUGAGGGAGGAAGUUGUGGAGAAGAGCAACCAUUUUGAGAGCGAGAUCGCAAAACUGAAAGAAAUUUUUGCCCAAGAUAAAACGCUCCUCAUCAACAGCCUAUCAUCAGAUAAAGAUAAACUCCUCGAUAAAAUCAACCAGAUAUCAGAAGAUAAAAUAAAACAGUUGGAGGAAACUCACCAAAAAGACGCAGAGAUAUUUGGUGAAAAGUUGAGAAACUUACAAGAAACAUGUGAUAGGUUUGAGAAAGAGGGAAAGGAGACGAGCGAGCUGCUGCUCGAGAACACUGCGAGACUGCAGCAUCAAAUUGAAACGAUCACAGAAGCCAACUCAAAAUCAGAAUCAGCCUUUAAAUUAGAAAUAUCAGAGCUAGAACUGAGUGGAAUUAAGAAAGACGAGGAAAUAUGCCGUCUCCAGGACAAAGUAGCAGUUCUAAAAGAGAACCUAGCUUCCAAACAGCAUGAUAUGGAGCAACAUGCUGUGGAACUAGGUAACCUCGUCUCAAAACAUGGCAGACAGGUGUCUAACCUCCUUAGUGAGCAUGAGAAGGAGUUAGAGGACCUGAGUCGUAUACACGAGGAGGAGGUGACUAGUCUGGUGGACAAGAACUGUGAUAUCUUGCAGGAGAUGGAAAGGAAGAAUCUAUCAGAACGAAAGUGUUUGGUAUCAGAAUACAACGAUCUGAUAGAGUCGAUAAAGAUAGAACAAAAAGAAGAGGCAGAGAUUCUGAGGGUUCGUCACGAGGAGAUAAAGAGAGAUCUCCAGAAGAAAAACGAAGAUUUGGAAGAGGAGAAGAAGGAAUCAGCUAAGAAGAAUGAAGACUUGGUGGCUACAUUGGAUGAGUCUCAGAUAGUAUUAAGGGAGAAGGAUCAGGAGAUAGAUAUCCUGAAUGAGGAGAUCUUCAAGUUACAAGGGGACAAUGUACAAACACUUCAAGACCACGACCAGGAGCUAUCUGUCCUGGAGACAGAGCGAGAGGAAAUUAUCUCCUCUUUUAAAGAGAAAGAGACCAAACUUCUAGAGGAAGUAGAGAAUGUUCGGGAAACUUCAUUUGUUGAAAUAGAGGGUACAGUGGCUGAAAUGGAGGAACAGAGGGAAAUGUACCAAGAUCUCUCACACAAAUACGAACAGGUUAUUUUUAUCAACUUUUACUAA